GAAAAAUGCUCGAAAACCCUAGAAGACGAGUAUAAAAGCCUAACAAUCAAAACAUGCAGAUAUUCGUGAAAACCCUAACCGGCAAAACCAUUACUCUCGAGAUCGAGAGCAGCGACACCAUUGAUAAUGCCAAAACCAAGAUUCAAGACAAAGAAGGAAUUCCGCCAGACCAACAACGUCUGAUUUAUGCUGGGAAACAGUUUGAAGAUGGCCGUACUUUGGCUGAUUACAACAUUCAGAAAGAAUCAACUCUUCAUAUUGUUUUGAGGUUGAGAGGUGGAAUUAUUGAGCCUUCUUUACUGGCUUUGGCACGGAAAUACAAUCAAGAUAAAAUGAUUUGCCACAAGUAUUGUCUAUCAGCAGAUGUGAUUGGAUUUGUGUAUGUGGGGUUUCAAGCUUAUGCUCUAGCUUACCAUCUCAUCAUACAAAACCAUGUCAUCAGCCAUUACUUUGGUCAACAUUUUGAUUUCUCCAUGAAUCAGGUGUUAUACUUGGCUGCAUCCUAGAGCCGUUGAACUGUCGCAAGAAGAAAUGUGGUCAUAGCAAUCAAGUUUGUGUGUGUUCAUAUAUAUCCUGUAUUUAAUGGUGCAGUUGAGUGCUUGCAGUGGACUAAAUAUCCUUCUUCACUUGCUGCAAGCUGAGGCCAAAGAAGAAGAUCAAGUAAAUUGCGACUCUGGUGGUUAUUUCAUCUGCUUCAAAAGAACUUGCAAUACAAGACCUGUUCAUAUUUUUUCCAUUUGGUUCUUUGUUUUUCUUUUUUCCAUUGAAAUUUUAAUGUAUGGGUAUUGCAGUUGUUGAGAGUUUGGAGUUAUUAAUGAGGACCAAAUUUAGACUUUGACCAUGUUG